ACAGGCGCCCGGAGCAGCAGGGCCAGAGAGGUUCUCAUUGGUGCCACCUGCCGAGACAGAGGGGCGUGCCUGGCCAUUCGGGGCUCCUCCCAUCGGCACUGUGACCACAAUGCGGGGCGGGGGUUGGGGGGCACUGAAGGCCACGGCCGUGAAGCACCAAGGCUGGGCGUGGGGCAGCCGAACGGCCAGAGGAGCGGCCUCCGCGAUGGAGAAGUUCAAGGCUGCGAUGCUGCUGGGGGCCGUGGGGGACGCGCUCGGACACAGAAGUGCCCACAAGGACAGCAGCGCCUCCAGAAAGAAGGUCCGGGAGGGGCUGCAGACAAGCGGGAGCCUGGACCAGCGGCCACUCUCCCCGGAGACGUGGCCGGUGAGUGACAACACCAUCAUGCACCUGACGACAGCCGGGGCCUUGACCACAGACUACUGGUGCCUGGACGACCUGUACCGGGAGAUGGUGAGGCGCUACGUGGAGGUCCUCGAGAAGCUUCCAGAACACUGGGCGGACCCGGCCACCCUGGAAGGCUGCUCGCAGCUGAAGCCAGAUAACUACCUCCUCGCCUGGCACACGCCUUUCAACGAGAAAGGGUCAGGGUUCGGGGCCGCCACCAAAGCCAUGUGCGUCGGCAUGCGGUACUGGAAGCCAGAGCGCCUGGAGACACUGGUGGAAGUGAGCGUCGAGUGCGGCAGAAUGACACACAACCACCCCACAGGCUUCCUCGGGUCCCUGUGCACGGCCCUGUUUGCAUCGUACGCUGCCCAGGGCAAGCCGCUGGAGCAGUGGGGCAGGGACAUGGUGCGGACAGUCCCGCUGGCCGAGGAGUACUGUAAAAAGACCAUCCGGCACCUGGCAGAGUACCAGGAGCACUGGUUUUACUUUGAAGCUAAGUGGCAGUUUUACUUGGAGGAGAGAAAGAUCAGCGACGACUCGGGGAGCAAAGCCGUCUUCCCUGACCGCUAUGACGCAGAGGAGAGAGACAAGGCUUACCGGAAAUGGAGCUCAGAAGGCCGAGGGGGCCGGCGGGGCCACGAUGCCCCCAUGAUUGCCUACGAUGCUCUCCUCGGAGCCGGGAACAGCUGGACGGAGCUCUGCCACCGGGCCAUGUGUCACGGAGGCGAGAGCGGGGCCACGGGGACCAUUGCGGGCUGCCUGUUCGGGCUGCUGCAUGGCCUGGACGGGGUUCCCGCGGGCCUGUACGAGGACCUGGAGCACAGGGAGGAGCUGGCGCGCCUGGGCGAGGCCCUGUACCGCCUGUCCACGGAGGAGAAGUAAAGCCUCCCGCCGCCCUCGGGGCCCACGGCCCUCCUGGUGUGCGCCACGCCUCCCCGGCCAGAAUCACAUCUAACCCUCCCCUCCCCAGUGUCAGAACCCCACCUGCCGUCCCACGAGGAUGUUUGUCCUGCCCUCGCGCGGCCCCGGGACAUCACUGGCCCCACGCCAGAGGCCCCAAGCCUCCCAGCGCGGCAGCACAAACAGCCUCGGGGACAGUCGGAGUGUCUCACUGGGUGCACCACUAACGCUGCUCGCUCCCCGGUGCCGACCACACUAACCAGGACGGCUGCGCGCGGACCAAGCGCACGUCCCCGCCGGCUCCUGGCCUCGGCGCGGCAGCCGGAAGCACGCGCUUCACCUCCGCCGGCAUUUUUAAUCACACUAGAUCUUAGAUCUUAAAAAACCAACCCCUUUGGAACGAGUGCCUGAGAAAACCGGGAAAUAAAGGGUCCUCGUGCGUCCCUG